GAGGCCGCCUGAGGGGCCUGGGGUCCCCGAACCGGUGGGGGUGGGGCUGUGUCCGUGCCGGCCGGGGCAGCCUGGAGCGGGGACACGGAGCUAGUUCCUCGGUCCCGCCCCAGGGGCCGCUUCCCAGGGAGGGGCCGGGAACCAAGCCCCGGCGCCGGGCGGAGUCCGCAGCUGUAGCUCCGGGGCAAGGCGGCGGCUGAGCUGGGCCGAAGCGAACCCAGCGCGGGAGGGGAGUCACGCGCGGCUAGUCCCGGCGGGCCAGGGGAGUCACGGGCGGAGCGGCGUGAGCGGGGAGCCCGCGCCGGGACGCCUGUCUGCUGAACGGCUGCCCGGCUGCUGGAGGUGGGGAAAGUCAGCCCUUGCCUGGGAAGCCCCUUGCCUGCCUAGAGCCAUUGGACAGUUCACAAAUAAGGAGAAAAAGAUUUUUCAAGGAAUCAAGAUUGUACAGAAUGGGAAAGUCCCAUGAGAAGCAAGGAGUUUGAUCAGUUUUUCAGUGCUCUUCCUCCAUGUUCUUCUGGAAGAAGAAAAGAUGAAGAUUGAUUUCCUUAUGAAAAAAUAAUCUCUGUAACCGCUGACCAAAACUAUGUGUUAAAAUCAGAAAUCUUGACAAAAAUGGGAAUAUUUGUGUUUUUUGUGAUUUACAGUUUAAUUUUAACCCUGAUACAAGGGCACAGUCUGUUCACCUGUGAACCAAUUACUGUUUCCAGGUGUACAGGAAUGACAUACAAUAUGACAUUUUUUCCAAAUAUGAUGGGACAUUAUGACCAGGAUACUGCUGCUGUCCAAAUUGAGCCUUUUCUUCCUCUGGUGAAUCUCAACUGUUCUCCAGAUUUCCACACAUUUCUGUGUAAAGCAUUUGUGCCUGCCUGCGUGAAGCAAAUUCAUGUGAUUCACCCUUGUCGAAGACUUUGUGAGAGAGUGUACUCCGACUGUAAACAGUUGUUAGACACUUUUGGGAUCACCUGGCCGGAGGAACUGGAAUGUAACAGCACAGGAAGGGGCCUUACAGAGCUGAGAACAAGAGCAGGAAGAAGUGUGGAGCCACUGGGUAUCAUGGGAAGAGAGCUUUCUGAGAGCAGACUUGAGGAUUGUGAUGAAACUGCUCCUGUCACUGCUGCUGUAACCACAAAGGUCCAUGGAACACAGAAGACCCCAGGGCAGGCUCGAAGGGACUAUGGAUUUUGGUGUCCACGGCAUCUGCAGACCUCCAAUGGACAAGGCUACAAGUUUUUGGGAAUUGAUCAGUGUGCACCCCCAUGUCCCAAUAUGUACUUCAAAAAUUAUGAGCUGGAUGUUGCCAAAAGCUUCAUUGGAAUAGUUUCAAUUUUUUGCCUUUGUGCUACUCUCUUCACAUUCUUAACUUUUCUGAUUGAUGUUAAAAGGUUCAGAUACCCAGAGAGGCCAAUCAUAUAUUAUUCAGUCUGUUACAGUAUAGUGUCUCUGAUGUACUUCUUUGGCUUUUUGCUGGGAAAUAGAACUGCUUGUAACAAGGCAGAUGAAAAGUUAGAAAUUGGUGAAACAGUCGUUCUUGGCUCUCAAAACAAAGCCUGCACUGUCCUUUUUAUGGUUUUGUAUUUUUUCACUAUGGCAGGAACGAUAUGGUGGGUGAUUCUUACGAUCACUUGGUUCCUAGCAGCAGGAAGAAAAUGGAGCUGUGAAGCUAUUGAACAAAAGGCAAUGUGGUUCCAUGCAGUUGCAUGGGGCAUACCUGGUUUUCUCACCAUUAUGCUUCUUGCAAUGAACAAAGUUGAAGGGGACAAUAUCAGUGGAGUUUGCUUUGUUGGUCUCUAUGACCUGGAUGCAUCUCGAUACUUUGUCCUUUUGCCUUUGUGCUUUUGUGUUUUUGUUGGUCUCUCUCUCCUUUUAGCUGGAAUUAUUUCUUUAAAUCAUGUGCGGCAAGUCAUACAGCAUGAUGGCAGAAACCAAGAGAAGCUAAAGAAAUUUAUGAUUCGAAUUGGAGUCUUUAGUGGCUUAUACCUGGUACCACUGGUGGCACUUCUUGGCUGUUAUGUUUAUGAGCAGAUGUAUAGGAGAAUCUGGGAGACCACUUGGGUCUUUGACCAUUGUGAUCAGUACCAUAUUCCCUGUCCUUACCAGGCAAAGGCAUUAGCUAGACCAGAAAUAUUUUUGUUUCUCAUGAAGUACCUGAUGACGUUAAUUGUUGGCAUCUCUCCAGUAUUCUGGGUAGGAAGUAAAAAGACCUGUUCUGAAUGGGCCAGUUUCUUCAACAGAAAUCGCAAGAGAGAUCCAAUCAGUGAGAGCCGAAGAGUGUUGCAAGAAUCAUGUGAAUUUUUCUUGAAGCACAAUUCUAAAGUUAAACAUAAAAAGAAGCACUACAAGUCCAGUUCACACAAACUGAAGGUUAUUUCUAAGUCUAUGGGGACUAGUACAGGUGCUACAACAAAUCAUGGAACUUCUGCAGUGGCUAUUACUAACCUUGAUUACUUAAGCCAAGAGAACUUCACAGAAAUUAAAACCCCUCGAGAAACUUCUGAGAAGGAGCUGGAGGCAGAUGGAACAUCCACCCAGAAAGUGGAGGAGGGGGAGAAUGCUGGUGGUGAACAUGUCCUACAAAUAUUAUCUACUUCUAAACUGGCUAUGGAACAGGUGGAAAAGAGCAGCAAGGCAGACAACACAGUUGAUAUGAUUAGCUUAUCUGAGAGUGUGAAAAGAAUGUGUGAAGGAAGGGUAUCUCCUAAAAGUGAUUUUACUGAAACUCAUCCACUACAAGUCAGUAAUUCACAGCUACCCAGUGUUUCACAACCAGGCAGUACCAGCGGCUCCAUAUCAAUGCUUGUCCACUCAGCUUCAGACACUAGAAAAGAUCAGGAUUCUGGAAACAGUUCAAAUCCUUGAAAGAUUACAAUUUCUAUAUGAAUGAUUUCAGUUUAUGAAACUGUUAUGGGUUUGUAUUACACUGGAGAUUACUGAUGCUCUGUGCCUUGUAAAAAUACCACAUACAUAUCCCUUGUUUUGCACUUAAAAGUUACACUACAUAGUGGGCUGGUCUAGCAAUAACCACUGUAUUUAACCUCAUAAGAGAGUAAUGGAAACUGAAGUUCUAAUAGCACUCAACUGGGCAGGUCAGCAGUAAUUUAAGAGAAAAAGAAAUGAGAGAAAUAAAUCUUUUUCUCUUCCAAUACAUGAACAUGCUGUUAAAUAACAGUAAAAUAAUUGAUGGAAGAUGGUUGCGUUAUUUUGAAACAUAAAAAUUUAAUUUGCUUCACUGGCAUCUUUCAGUCUUCCUAUUAACAUUUCUUUUUAAAGUAACUACAUCUUAAACAGCUGUGUCCUUUAGAAUAAGUAGAAGUUACACAAAUCUAUGGAUAUCUUUAAUGUGUAAAUGUCUCAUGAUGUACUAAUCUUAGCACUGUAUUAUGGUUGUUUCUACACUGAAUCUGAAAAGGACUCUGGAAUUAUAGUGAUUUAUUUUGUAGUUAAAAAUGAAUCUUGUAAAUAACUUAUUUUUAUAAACUCAACAUUAAGAACUA